GUGUAGGUAAUCUUAGGCCAGAUCAAGAUGUUCCACCAAUAUAUUCUCAACUAUAUAUUAAUGAUCCACUUGCUGCACUAAAUUUUAGAAUGCAACACUAUGCUAAUGAUCUUUGUUUACGUGAUUUAAUGUUUCAAUUGCAAACUAUAAUUAUGGAAAAAAGUCCAUUUGCUCUUGCAUUUAAAAACAUGGCUGAAGUAGAAGAUGAAGAAAUUCGUAAGGCGGCUAUAGAAGGUCGCUUAGCUUCUGUUGUAAAAAUGUCUUUACUUGAAGGCGGUGAUAGACGUCGUUAUAAUCUACCUUCACAUGAUAAAGUUGCAGUUGUAUUUGUUGGCGAAGAUGGUGCUCCCCCAAUUUCCAGGGAAGUUGUUAUUUAACCAAAUGGUCAUCCUUUAAAAAUUGUAUCAAGUAUGUCAGCCAACUUGGAUCCUAUGGUUUAUCCGCUAUUUUUUCCAAGAGGUGAUGCUGGUUGGCAUAAUCAAUUGGUGCAUAACCCUGAGCGUGCCACACUGGUUAUAAAUCAUGUUACAUUAUCUCAGUUCUACAAUUAUAGACUUUCUGUUAGGCAAAUUUUCUGUUCAUUAUUUUAUGGCAAGAAACUAUUUCAGCAAUAUGCUGUAGAUGCAUAUGUAAAAAUUAAAGGCCAGCGUCUUGCUUUUAUCAGAAAUAAUCAAAAUAAGCUGAGAAGCGAGCAGUACGAUGCCUUACAUGAACAUAUUAACAACAUUGCCAAUGAUCGUAAUAUUAGACCAGGACGAGUAGUAGUUUUGCCAUAAUCUUAUGUAAGAAGUCCUAGAGCUUUCAAAAAAAACUUUGAAGAUGCUAUGGCAAUUAUUAAAAAUGUCAGGUGGAAGUAUAGCUGGUAGGAUUGUGUUUUAUAUUUUAUAUAUUUUGUAUGGAGAAAUAUAUGCAAUAGCAUCUUCUGUUUCGAAUGAAAAUGGUGAGAUUCCUUAUCAUUCGAACAUUACCAAAAUUAUCGCUCCCAACACCCGGGACCUCUCUCAGAGAGGUCCUUCAAUAAAUGGAAACGUAAUGGGGGUAUGGAUGAGCCCUCCUUUAAAUGGAGGGCUUAUCCAUACCGGGGUGUUGGGAGACACCGAAAAAAAAACAGCAACCAAAAGGUUGUAAAUGU